AUGGCAAAAUCAUUCUUAACUGAGGAUUCCACAUCCAAAUUUGAGGAGGAGAAUGAAGAUCCUCUUCUAGCAAAGACAUUGUCAAUACGGCCUUCAACUGCUGAUGAUUUUCCGCCUAGUUAUGAAGGAGAUCCUUUUCUGAAUCCUUCAAAGGCCGAAUUUUCUCACCUUUCCCAAAUCAAAUGGGAAUGUCCCCCUUCGUUUGCUUUGAAUUCCAAGUGGUGUGUAGCAACGGGUGAAGAAAGUAGAGAGAAAAUUGUUCAAAGUCUAAGAGAAAUGAGAGGGUUUGAAGCAGUUUAUCCUGGUAUCACAGUCAGGUAA